AUGAUUUCAACGACUUCUCUACUUCUUGUGGUGCUUUUCUGCGCUAUUUUGGCUAUUGUUGAUGCCCAGUGGGGAUAUGGCGGCCCAUAUGGAGGAUACGGAGGCGGACCAUACGGAGGAUAUGGUGGCGGACCAUGGGGAGGAUACGGUGGUGGAUGGAGAAGAAGACACUGGGGAGGACCAUGGGGAGGCGGUUACGGAGGAGGACCAUACGGUGGAUGGUACGGAAAGUAA